AUGUCACAGGUGCAUGCAGCCAUUGAGCAGCAGUUGCAUGACGCACUGCAACCUUUGGACAACUUGCAGGCAUGCGAUACCAUUGGGGGAAUUUCAGUUGCUGUAUUGUGCUUGUUGGCUUUGGCCGUGUGCUUCUUUGGCUACCGAAUCUACAAGUUGGCCUUCGCAGUCUUUGCCUUCAUUGUGGGAUUUGGCUUCGAAGCUGCAGUUGGCUCUGCAUGGAUUGCCCAGGGCAACGAGGAGGGUCUCACUGAGAAGGUCAUUGUCCUUGUGUGCUCCAUCCUUUGGGGUACGCUUUUCCUUGUGUUGGCUCGCAGAUACCAAGAGAAUGUUGAAAAGAUCAUAGGUUUUGUCUUUGGCGCUUGCCUUGGCCUUGCGGUCACCAUAGCUGUGCUCUACAUCCUCCAAGCGCCAUUGGACAAAGCUCUUGGGACAAAGGGUCAGGGCUGGGAGAAUUUUGCAGGCAUCACGCUGGGCGUUCCAAUUGCUUUGCUAACAGGCUACCUGUGCAGGACUUGGGUGAAGCACCUGGUCAUGCUUGUCACAGCUUUUGUGGGCGCAGCUGCAGCCUGGCGUUGGGGCAAAGCCUUGCUAGGAUGCACGCAGGCCAACUCCGACCUCCUGGAGAAUCACAUCUUCAAUUUGGCAAUUUUCAUAGGCUUGGGCUUGAUUGGCUUGGCUGUGCAGUUCUGCUUCCAACCGCACAAAUCCGUGACAAAGUCUUCAGCACCAAGCACAGCUCCUGCUGCAGAGCCAUGA